GAGGUACCAUAUUUCAGCUUUUUCAAUAUGAUUGAGUAUGAGUGCUUGAAUUUGAAUGCACUGAUAAAUAUUUACCCAUCAACUCUAGGAGCUGUAUCGUUUCUCACAACAAUUGCAAAAAAUUUUUCUUCAUAUCGAGGUACCGCAAUAAGUAUCCCACUUGCGUUACUUGCCCUCUCCUCAUUUACAUACUCCCAAGCAAAUGUAUAUUUGUUCGAAGACACUUUCCAUUUUUUACUCUUCGUGGCCUUCACUUCCGGAUUAUGCAUGUUCGUUGGUAGUCUGUUUUUAAUUGUUGUACCAACUCCUCAACGCGCAUCCAGCGCCAUUGAGUCGGGCGGCGAUGACUCAAUCUCUAUAGAAAAUGAUAAUGAAAUCUCCGUAGAUAGUGUUCUGUCACAUGCAAAAGGAAUGAACACUGAGCAAACACCUCUACUUAAUAAAAAUAUCUCUACCUCUUCCUCCAUAAAUGCUAGCGUUGACAGUGAGCCAGAUAUAAGUGGAUGGCAAUUACUUCAUAAUAAAGAUGCUAUUUCAUUAAUCCUUAUCUUAGUAUUUUUAGCUGGAACUGGGUUAAUGUACAUAAAUAAUGUCGGUAUAAUCGUUGAAACCCUUUAUCAUGCUUCCCCAACUCAUCCUUCUCAUCCCUCCUUAUUAAACACUUCCCUACAAACUAUAUUCAAUGACGAUAUCAAAAAACUCCAAUCUUUUCAUGUCUCGCUCUUUUCAGUAUGUUCAUGCCUCGGAAGAAUUCUCAUAGGUCCUCUUUCAGACAUAGGAAAAGAUUAUUUCAAUCUAUCUAGAAUUUGUUCUUUAGUAUUUGCUAGUGUUUGGCUAUUUUGUGGAAAUUUAUUGGCCCUUUUAUGGGUUCAGACUACGGCCCAGCUGUGGGUUGUCACAUCUUGUAUCGGACUUGGCGUUGGGAUCUUGUUUGGGGUUGCUCCAACUACUUGUAGCGAGUAUUUUGAUUCGAAACG